AUGAAAUUCUUAUUAUUAUUGAUUAUUUUGAGUUGUUCAACACCAACAAGAUCAAAAUUUCAACCAAUUAAUGAAGACUGCAUAGCAUCAAAAACACAAUAUCUUGAUAUGAUAAUGGAUAGAGUAUUUAAAGAAAUCGGAAAAAAUGCCUCCACAACUGUGCAACAUAUAAAAAAAAUUGAUCACUGGGACCAAAGACUUGAAAACUCUGCCUUAAUUUUAUUUAAGGAUAUGUCAUUUCUUGCUGAUUUUAAUUCAAAAAUAAUUAAAAUUGAGAAUUUUGUACCAAAAGAGACAAAAGUAUUGUGUCAUUACCAACAUCUAGGCAGUAGAUCAAAAAUUCCUUUAGUUGGAUCCUAUGAAAGUGGCAUUCGACAUAUAAGCUCAAUUGAAUAUUUUAUUAAAGAUGUUGGAUCAAGAAUUGAUUUGAUAACUUUAGACCACUUUUUGGAAGAUUCAUGCAAUCAGCAAGUAAUUACAAUUUUAAAUAGUUUUGAUAGAAGAUCCUUAAAAUGGAAAAAGACUUUGACAUAUCAUGAAAAGUUUGUAGAUUUUAAUGGAUGCCCGAUUGCCUUAACAGCAGAUUAUACUUUGAACUUUCACUUCAAUAAAUACAACUAUGAAGUUUUUGAGUGUUUGAAGCACCAUAAAAAUGAAAAUGUUUGCCUUGAACUUUUCGAUAAAAUCAUCAAAAGUCCUGAAGUAAGCUAUCAUGGAUUGUUCUAUGACAUUUUUGAGGUCCUUGCUAGAAAAGGAAAUUUCACUCCACAUUAUCAAGUCUUUGUUGCAAAACGGAUAUUUUCAAAAAAUUCAAUUUUUCUUAAGCCAGCAAUAACAUUGCAACGCGAGGGUAUUUUUGAAAUCAGUGAGUUGUUAUCCGAUGUCAGAAUGUCUCCAAUAUUAUGUGAUGCUUCAUUUAAGAUAUAUGUCACUCCUUCGGAAUUUUAUUCAAAUUACGAGAAACUUUUGCUGCCAUUUGAUGCUUCAACAUGGAUUUGUUUGCUGUUUGUAUUUUUGUCCAUUGCAUGCGUUAUUUUUCUCAAAUCUUUUAUGUCCAAAAAAGUAAAAUUAUUCAUUUUUGGUCGAAAAACUAUGGAACCAGGAUUAAAUGUCGUUCGAAUAUUCUUCGGAAUUGGUCAGACAAAGUUACCAGAUGAGUCAAUUUUAAGGUUCAUUCUCAUAUUCUUCGUGCUGUUCUGUUUAAUUAUGAGAACAUGCUAUCAAAGUAUGAUGUUUGAUUUUAUCACAUCUGACAUGAGAAAGACGCCUCCAGAUACAUUGAAAGAAGUCAUUGAUAGAGGAUAUACGAUAGUUAUAGUUAAAUUUAGUUUGACAGAUAUGACACAUGAAGUAUUAGAGAAAAUCGUUAGAAAUGAAAACGAAAGUGCAAAAAUGAAGGUUUUAGGAACAGAUAUAGAGUGCAUAAAACUUUACUGCAAUUCCAUCUACAAUUCAUCAGCAAAGUUGGCCUUUUUUAAUUCCAAAGAAUUCUUUGAAGCUGCUAAUGUCCUUUGCGGUGACUCAUUGGUUCUUGUCAAGAAUGUCAUCAUUAAUGCGAUUCCAAUUGGAGUAGCAGUUAAAAGAAACAGAAUUUUAGAGUCAGUUUUCAUUGAUGCUAUGCAUCAAUUUGUUCCUUCUGGAAUUCCUCAAUAUUUAAACCAUUUUCAUGCUGACAUGUUUAGUUCCAAAUAUCAAGAGGAAGAAGAAAAACUUCCUAGAAUUUUGACACUCGAUAAUUUGGCUUUUGGAUUUAACCUUUGGCUUAUUGCUUGUUGUAUAUCAAUUUGUGGUUUUUUAUGUGAGCUUAUCCAGCAUUACACUUUUAAAAACGGAUGUUAUCAUCCACAAUGUGCAGGAAUUGAAGAAUUUGAGCAUUGGCAAAAGUUCAUGAUGAGUAUUAAAAAUAGAGAGGACUGGAAAUUUGUUUGUGAGUUUUGUAAAAAGGAAAUUCACCUAAUAGUGAGAACAAAAGAGCUGGUUAAAUCCCUCAUUGACAGUGUGUGUAAUAAUCACAGCUUGACAUUUGGUAAAGUUUUGACCACAGCAGCCAAAGUUGAAAAAUUAGAGUUGAAUCAUGAAAACGUGGAAAAAUCUCUCAUUGGAAUAAGUGACAAGCUUACCGUAAUCAAUGGAAAGGUCGAUUUGUUGCCGGAAGAACAACAGAAAAUUGAGAAAAGUAUUGGAGAAUUCUGUGUAAAUAACGCAUUUUACACUAGCAAAGUCACGGACUGUAAUGAAAGAUCAAAAACAAUUGAAUCAAAAGUUGAUAAAAUAAAUUUUAUUGCCAAAAAAUACCAGGAUGAAGAAUGGAAAACAGUUACAAACAAGAAAAAAAAUCGGCCACUUUUUUCUGUGGUGUUAAAAACAAAUCCACAGAACAAUGUUGGCACUUUAAAAGAAGAAAUGUUAAAAAAUUAUGUCCCAAAUGAAGUUAAUGUUGCAAAAAUUAUAAAUGCUGGUGACGACAAGUUGAUAGCAGUUUGUGAGAACGAAAAUGAGCAGCAAAAAUUCGCUGAGGUCGCAAAAAAGAAAUAUGGAAAUAUUUGUGAAAUAACUGUGCCAGAUAAAAAAAAUCGUAGAUUUAAAGUGCUGAAUGUUGAAAUUUGGUCAAAUUUUGAUGACUUGUUGAAUGAAUCAAUUGAAGAAGUUGUCAAACAAGAAAAUAUAUAUCUUGACCAAGCAAAAACUUGUAAGGUCAUAAAAUUUAUGAAAGCUCGCAUUAGUGGCAAACAAGUUGACACAAAAAUUCACUUUAUUGUGGAAGUUGAUGAAAAAUCAUAUGAUCUUGCAAUGAGUAAGGGAAGGAUUAAAUACCGGUAUCAAGAACCAAGAAUUGUUGAUGGAUUCAUCGUUGGAAAGUGCUUCAACUGUUUCUCCUUCAACCAUGUGAAGAAGGACUGCAAGAGUCUUGUGAAAACAUGUUUCAACUGCGGAGAGGACCAUCAUACACAAUAUCUUGGUGAGAUCGUGGAUCGAGUUUUUAAAGAAAUCGGAACUAAUGCAACCACAACUGUGCAACAUAUAAAAGAUAUUGAUGUCUGGAACAGAACAAUGGAAUAUUCUGCAUUGGUUUUAUUUAAAGAUAACACUUAUCUUGCUGAUUUCAAUUCCAAACUUAUUAAUAUUAAGAAUCUUGAACCAAAAGAGACAAAAGUACUAUGUCAUUGCCAACAUCUAGACAUUAGAACAAAUAUUGACUUUGUUGAAUAUUACGAAAUUCAUAUUCCACAUAUCAGUGCAAUUGAAUAUUUUAUUGAAGAUGUUGGGUCAAAAAUUAAUUUGGUAACUUUAGAGCAUUUUUUGGAAGAUUCUUGCAAUAUGAAGGAAAUAACAAUCCUCAAUAGUUUUGAUACAAGAUCUUUAAAAUGGAAAAAGACUUUAACAUAUCACGAAAAGUUUGUAAAUUUCAAUGGGUGCAUUAUAGCACUUACCACAGACUAUAACUUCAAUUUUCACUUCAACAAGCACAAUUAUGAAGUUGUUGAGUGUAUGAAGCAAACAAAGGACAAUGGUUGUUUUAAACUUUUUGACUCAAUCCUAAAACGACCUGAAGUAAGCUAUCAUGGAUUGUUCUAUGAUAUUUUUGAGGUUCUUGCUCGAAAAGGAAGUUUCACUCCACAUUAUCAACUCUCAGUUGGAGACAAAAAAAUUUCAAAAAAUUCAGUUUUCCUCAAUCAAACGUUAACCUUUAGGCGUGAAGCUAUCUAUGAAAUUAGUGAGUCGUUGGCUGAUGUCGAAAUGGCUCCAGUGUUUUUUGAUAUCUCAUUCAAGAUCUAUGUCACUCCUGCGGAGUAUUACACAAAUUACGAGAAACUUUUAUUACCAUUUGAUGCUGCGGCAUGGAUUUGUUUGCUGGCUACUUUCAUUGUUAUUGCAAUUAUUAUUUUCUUUAAGCCUUUCAUGUCUGAAAAGGUACAAUUUUUGAUUUUUGGUCGAAAAACGAAGGAUCCAGUCUUAAAUGUCGUUCGAAUAUUCUUUGGAAUUGGUCAGACAAAGUUACCAGACGAGUCAAUUUUGAGGUUUAUUCUCAUAUUCUUCGUGCUGUUCUGUUUAAUUAUGAGAACAUGCUACCAAAGUAUGAUGUUUGAUUUUAUCACAUCUGACAUGAGAAAGACGCCGCCAGAUACAUUGAAAGAAGUCAUUGAUAGAGGAUAUACGAUAGUUAUAGUUAAAUUUAGUUCAAAGGAUAUGACUCACAGAAUAUUAACGAAGAUUGUUAUGAAUGAAAACGAAAGUGCAAAGUUGAAAUUUCUAAAGACGGAUAUAGAAUGCUUACAUCUUUACUGCAAUUCCAUCCACAACUCAUCAAAAAAAUUAGCCUUUUUUUAUUCAAAAGACUUCUUUGAAGCUGCAAAUGUCUACUGCGGUGGCUCAUUGGUUCUUGUCAAGAAUGUCAUCAUAAAUGCAAUUCCAAUUGCAAUUGCAGUUAAUAGAAACAAUAUUCUAGAGCCAGUUUUCAUUGAUGCUAUGCAUCAAUUUGUUCCUUCUGGAAUUCCUCAAUAUUUAAACCAUUUUCAUGCUGACAUGUUUAGUUCCAAAUAUCAAGAGAACGAGGAAAAAAUACUGAAAGUUUUGACACUCGAUAAUUUGGCUUUUGGAUUUAACCUUUGGCUUAUUGCUUGUUCUAUAUCAAUUUGUGGUUUUUUAUGUGAGCUUAUCCAGCAUUACACUUUUAAAAACACACAAUAUCUUGAUAUGAUAAUGGAUAGAGUAUUUAAAGAAAUCGGAAAAAAUGCCUCCACAACUGUGCAACAUAUAAAAGAAAUUGAUGACUGGGACCAAACACUUGAAAACUCUGCCUUAAUUUUAUUUAAGGAUAUGUCAUAUCUUGCUGAUUUUAAUUCUAAAGUAAUUAAUAUUGAGAAUUUUGUACCAAAAGAGACAAAAGUGCUAUGUCAUUGCCAACAUCUAGGUAGUGCAACAAAAGUUCCUUUAGUUCAAUCCUAUGAAAUUCAUAUUCCACAUAUAAGCGCAAUUGAAUAUUUUAUAGAAGAUGUUGGAUCAAGAAUUGAUUUGAUAACUUUAGACCACUUUUUAGAAGAUUCAUGCAAUGAGCAAGUGAUUACAGUUUUAAAUAGUUUUGAUACAAGAUCCUUAAAAUGGAAGAAGACUUUGACAUAUCAUGAAAAGUUUUUAGAUUUUAAUGGAUGCCCGAUUGCCUUAGCAACAGAUUAUAAUUUAAAUUUUCACUUAAAUAAGUACAAUUAUGAAAUUGUGAAAUGUAUGAAGCACCAGAUAGAUCAAGAUGACUGUUUCGAACUAUUCGAAACCAUUCUUAAACGACCUGACGUUAAUUAUCAUGGAUUGUAUUAUGAAAUUUUUGAGGUUCUUGCACGAAAAGGAAAUUUCACUCCACAUUAUCAAGUCUUAGCUGGAAAAUGGAAAUUUUCAAAGAAUUCAGUUUUCCUUAAGCAAGCUAUUAAAAUAAAGCGUGAUGCUGUUUAUAAAAUUAGUGAUUCAUUGGCUAGUGUCGAAAUGGCUUCAAUAUUUUUUGAUGUCCUAUUCAAGAUUUAUGUCACUCCUGCGGAAUUUUAUUCAAAUUAUGAGAAACUUGUGCUGCCAUUUGAUACCACAACAUGGAUUCUUUUGCUGGCUACAUUCAUUGUUAUAGCAAUUAUUGUUUUCCUUAAGCCUUUCAUGUCUACAAAAAUAAAAUUAUUACUUUUUGGACGAAAAACCAAGGAACCAGGCUUAAAUGUCGUUCGAAUAUUCUUCGGAAUUGGUCAGACAAAGUUACCAGAUGAGUCAAUUUUGAGGUUUAUUCUCAUAUUUUUCGUGUUGUUCUGUUUAAUUAUGAGGACAUGCUACCAAAGUAUGAUGUUUGAUUUUAUCACAUCUGACAUGAGAAAGACGCCUCCAGAUACAUUGAAAGAAGUCAUUGAUAGAGGAUAUACGAUAGUUAUAGUUAAAUUUAGUUCGACAGAUAUGACACACGAAAUAUUAGAGAAAAUCGUUAGAAAUGAAAACAAAAGUGCAAAAUUGAAGGUUUUAGGAUCAGAUAUAGAGUGCAUAAAACUUUACUGCAAUUCCAUCCACAAUUCAUCAGCUAAAUUGGCAUUUUUUUACUCAAAAGUCUUCUUUGAAACAGCUAAUGUUUACUGCGGUGACUCAUUGGUUCUUGUCAAGAAUGUCAUCAUUAAUGCGAUUCCAAUUGCAAUAGCAGUUAAUAGAAACAACAUUUUGGAGCCAAUUUUCAUUGAUGCUAUGCAUCAAUUUGUUCCUUCUGGCAUUCCUCAAUAUUUAAACCAUUUUCAUGCUGACAUGUUUAGUUCCAAAUAUCAAGAGAACGAGGAAAAAAUACUGAAAGUUUUGACUCUUGAUGAUUUGGCUUUUGGAUUUAAUCUUUGGAUAAUUGCUUGUUGUGUAUCAAUUUGUGGUUUUUUAUAAUCAAUGCUUGCCAGUUCUUAUGAAUAUUUUAUUAAGGACAACAAUUCAACAAUUGAACUCAGAAUUAUGGAUCAUUUUAAGGAGAAUUCAUGCAACUCAAUGAAAAUUUCGAUAUUAAAUGUUUUCAACAAAACUACUCAAAAAUGGAAGGAAAAAUUACAAAAUCAUGAAAAAUUUAAGAAUUUCAACGGAUGUCCAUUGACAUUAACAAGUAAUUACAAUUUAAAUUUCCACAUAAAUAAGCAUAAUGAAAAAAUUGUAAAUUGCUUGAAGUUUGAAACUAAUUUUAACAUUUGCCUUGACAUUUUUGAGCAUGCAUUUAAUCAGCCGGAUGUUAAAUAUCAAGGAUUUGAUUAUGAAGUUUUUGAAAUUCUUGGAAAAUGGGCCAACUUUACCACAAACUAUCAAUUAGAAAUUCAAGAUCGACAUUUUUCAAAAAGUGGAAUUUCGAUGUAUCAAAAUUUUUCGCUAAGUCGUGUUUUAAUUUUCCCAAAUAGUUCGGAUUUCGUUCAAGUUACUUCGAUCUUUUAUGAUAAAGUGUACAGCAUAUACGUAACUCCGUCAGAGUUUUAUACGAAUUAUGAGAAGCUUUUGCUACCAUUUGAUGCUACAACAUGGAUUCUAUUGAUUGCAACUUUCAUUAUUGUAUCAUUUGUCCUCUUUGUCAUGAGAUUCGUGCCUAAGAAUAUCAAAAAAUUUGUUUUUGGUCAAGGAAUUCACACACCAGGAUUAAAUGUAGUCAGAAUUUUCUUUGGAAUUGGACAGAAUCGACUACCACGUGAAUCAAUCUUGAGAUUCAUUCUUAUAUUUUUUGUUAUAUUUUGUUUGAUCAUAAGAACUUGCUACCAAAGUAUGAUGUUUGAAUUUAUUACAUCUGACAUGAGAAAAUCACCACCAAAAACAAUUGAAGAGGUGAUUAAUAGAGGAUAUACGAUUGUGUUCACGAAUACUGACAAAAUCAUUUUCAAAUCAAAUUUAGAAAUGAUUAAAAGUGUGAGCAACAGCGCCAAAAUAAAAGCAUUUGAUUCUGAUAUGGAGUGUAUAAAAUAUUACUGUGCGAAUAUUAACAACUCUUCAAACAAACUUGCAUUUUUUAUCAUACCUGAGUUUUACAGAAUAGCAAAUUCAAUCUGUAGAGGAUCAUUAGUUCCUGUUAAGAAUUCCCAUAUGAAUGCACAUCCUGGUUUCUUAACAUUUCAAAGAUUUCUCUUCUUACAGUUUGCAUUGAUUGAGGUUAUGGAACGAAUUGUUACUGCUGGAAUACCUCAAUAUUUUGAUAAAUAUUAUAUUGAUUCCUUCUUAAGAAAAUAUGAAGAAAUUAAGGAGGAUUCACCAAAAGUUUUGACGCUUGAUGAUCUAUUUUUUGGAUUUAGUUUAUGGCUUUGUGCAUGUGUAACAUCCAUAAUUGGAUUUUGUUUUGAAGUUUUAAUUCACAGUGUUAAUCGUAAUUUCAAACGAUGCGUUGGUUUAGUUCUCAUUUUAAAUAUUAUUAAUAAUAAAGGACAAGCUUACUAA